AUGAACCACGCGCAGCUUUCCCCAGCCCCGGGUCACACCCACACCAACGGCGCCGUCGACGCCAUCAACGGCGACAAAACCUCCCUCCUCGCCGUCGGCAACGCCCAUAAUGACUCCCCUGCGACACCCGUCUCCACAACCGCUGCCCCCGAUGUCAAAAUCGACAUGGACUACCAGGAGCAGGAGAGCGAUGUCCGGCACGAACCCCUCCCCAUCAAGCCCUUCGCCCCCUUCGACAAGCGCAACACAGACUCACUUGCACCCCAGGUCGGCACUCCCAUCGAUCCCAGCACGAUCCCCAUUCAUCCUCCGAAUGGAACACCACCGCCCCCGCCAGGCGACCUUCUGGACGACGUGAAAAUGGCGGAAUCGAGCCAACACAAUGGCGAUACGCACCUUAACGGUCACGACGAUGUCAUUAUGGGGGACACGGACACCCAGACACCAGGAGCAACACCAGGAGCAACACCAGGCAUUUCAACAGACUUUUCGAUGGCCAGCAUUGACGGCGCCUCGUCAUCGAACACGCGUUCAUAUCCAGAAGACAGUGAUGAUCGUGAACCACCGGCCAAGAGGGCGAGGAUGCAUUCAGAUGCGGAUAUGGCUUCUACGGCUCAUUCCGCCACUCCACCUCCAGCGUCGGCCGUUAUGUCAAAUGCCGCCAGCCCUGCACCGCCCCUUCCAUCAACUGUUCCCCCUUCGGCUGCGCAAUCUAACAAUUUCGCUGCACCCAUCACGACUGAGACUUCUCUCACUCUGAAUCAAUGGCGAUUCUGCCAGUCCACAGUCAAGUCGUUGAAGAAAAUGAAGGACGCGGGACCAUUCAUGCGACCAGUUGACCCAAUUGGGCUCAAUAUUCCCCAUUACCCCUCCAUUAUCAAGAAUCCUAUGGAUUUCUCCACCGUCGAGCGCAAGCUCAAUUCUUCCAACCCUCAGAAGCCCGACACCAACCCUCAAAACCCCCGGUACUGUUCGGCAGAGGAGUUCAUUUCCGACAUCCGACUCAUCUUUACGAACUCUUUGACCUUCAAUGGCCCUGAUCAUGUUGUCACUCUGAUGGGAAAGCGCGUGCAAGAUGUCUUCGAUAAACAAAUCAAACACCUUCCUCCACCAGAGAAGCCCAAGCCUCCUGUGGUGAAAAAGGCGACACCUCCCCCGCCCCCGCCGCCGGUCCCGGCUCCUCCUGUGAAGAAAACGCAACCACGGAGGCCAUCGACGUCUGUACCCGUUAUUCGGCGUUCUGAAGCCGAGCCAGUUGGACGUCCGAAACGCGAGAUACAUCCACCACCACCUAAGGAUCUCCCUUACGCUGACCCUCCGAAGAAGAGCAGGAAGGCAAAGCGAGUUCGAGACGAUGGGACGGCCGAACAGCUUAAGCACUGCGGCAAAAUUCUUCAAGAAUUACACCGAAAGCAGCACUAUGCUUUUGCCAGUCCCUUUUAUGAGCCCGUCGAUUGGGUGAGAAUGGAACUACCUCACUACCCUCGAAUCGUGAAGAAGCCUAUGGAUUUGUCGACCAUUCGUAAGAAGCUCGACAACGGGGACUAUGAGACUGCCCAGAACUUCUACGACGAUUUCAAGCUCAUGAUUCGCAACUGCUUCCUCUUCAAUCCUUCGGGUACCCCAGUCAAUAUAGCUGGACAGGAAUUGCAAAGACUGUUUGACGAGAAAUGGAAGAAUCUUCCUCCCCUCCACCUUCCGGCCCCUCCGGAGAGCGAUGACGAUGACGAGCCUGAGGAGGACAGCGACGACGAGCGUCAACGCAAAAUCGCCCUCAUGGAGAGUCAAAUUGAGGCUAUGCGUAACAACAUCGAGAAUCUGAAGGGCACAGCCAAAAAAGAGAAGGAGAAGAAGAAGAAGGAAAAGAAAGAGAAACCACCGGUGGCUUCGACAUCCAAGGCACCACCCAAACAGACCAAGGCGCCGUCCAAGAAGAAGUCAAAAAAGACCGUCACCGACGACGACGUCUUAACUUUCGAGCAGAAGAAGGACCUCAGCGAGUCUAUCGGCAAGCUUGACGGUGCCCGUCUUGAGAAGGUUAUCCAAAUCAUCCAUGAAGGUGUUCCUGAAAUCAGAGAUAGCACCGAAGAAAUUGAGUUGGAGAUCGAUCAACUACCUGCCGUGGUCCUUACGAAACUGUACAACUUCGUCCUGAAACCCACUCGCCAGUCCACUGCACCCAAGCGCAAUCGCGCUGGGAAGGGCACUGGUACGGGUGGUCUCAAACGCAAGAGCAUGGAUGAAGAGAAGGAAGCCGAAAAGAUUCGGCAGCUUGAAGAGCGCAUGGCUCUUUUCGAAGGUCGCAACCCCGCCCCUGCUCGGCGAGUUGACGACAGCGAGCGUUCCUCUGAUUCAAGCUCUGGCUCGGACAGCUCUGGCAGCGACUCGGAGUAA